AUGCAGUCUGAGACUCCUGAGGAGUUCCACCAAAGCCAGUGUGGAGGAGCCUAUGUGGUCAAUAGACUGGACUUAUUUUGGAAACAAAUUAGUCUUGAUUCGGCUGUGUUUGUUGGAGAUGAGGGAUGGGUGCUGGUUGUCAGUGGAGACAAUCAUGUGAUUGGAGGGGUGGAACUUCCAGUCCCACCCUCUGACAUUCGGGGAGAAUUAUGCAGCCCAACAUGGGAUAUAAUAGAAGCAGUCGACUGUUCUUCUGAUAUUUUGGCUUUGCUUAAUGAUGGAUCAUUGUUUUGUGAGGAGAUGGAAAAACCCUCAGAUUCAUCCUUUACUUUGUGUUUGACACAUUCCCCUUUACCUUCGACCUCAGAACCCACAACUGAUCCUCAAGCUAGUUUAUCUCCAGUAUCUGAAAGCACCCUCAGCAUUGCUAUUGGCAGUUCUGUUAUCAAUGGUUUGCCUACUUAUAAUGGGCUUUCAAUAGAUAGAUUUGGUAUAAAUCUUCCUUCACCUGAACAUUCAAAUACAAUUAAUGUAUGUAACACUGUUGACAUAAAAACUGAGGAUCUGUCUGACAGUUUGCCACCUGUCUGUGACACGGUAGCCACUGACUUAUGCUCCACAGGCAUUGAUAUUUGCAGUUUCAGUGAAGAUAUAAAACCUGGUGACUCUUUGUUACUGAGUGUUGAGGAAGUACUCCGCAGCUUAGAAACUGUUUCAAACGCAGAAGUCUGUUGCCCUAAUUUGCAGCCCAACUUGGAAGCCACUGUAUCCAAUGGACCUUUUCUGCAGCUUUCUUCCCAGUCUCUCAGCCAUAAUGUUUUUAUGUCCACCAGUCCUGCACUUCAUGGGUUAUCAUGUACAGCAGCAACUCCGAAGGUAGCAAAAUUGAAUAGAAAACGAUCCAGAUCAGAAAGCGACAGUGAGAAAGUUCAGCCACUUCCAAUUUCUACCAUUAUCCGAGGCCCAACAUUGGGGGCAUCUGCUCCUGUGACAGUGAAACGGGAGAGCAAAAUUUCUCUUCAACCUAUAGCAACUGUUCCCAAUGGAGGCACAACACCCAAAAUCAGCAAAACUGUACUUUUAUCUGCUAAAAGCAUGAAAAAGAGUCAUGAACAUGGAUCCAAGAAAUCUCACUCUAAAACCAAGCCAGGUAUUCUUAAAAAAGACAAAACAGUAAAGGAAAAGAUUCCUAGUCAUCAUUUUAUGCCAGGAAGUCCUACCAAGACUGUGUAUAAAAAGCCCCAGGAAAAGAAAGGGUGUAAAUGUGGGCGUGCUACUCAAAAUCCAAGUGUUCUUACAUGCCGCGGCCAACGCUGCCCUUGCUACUCUAACCGCAAAGCCUGCUUAGAUUGUAUAUGUCGUGGCUGCCAAAACUCCUAUAUGGCCAAUGGGGAGAAGAAGCUGGAGGCAUUUGCUGUGCCAGAAAAGGCCUUGGAGCAGACCAGGCUCACUUUGGGCAUUAACGUGACUAGCAUUGCUGUGCGCAAUGCUAGUACCAGCACCAGUGUAAUUAAUGUCACAGGGUCCCCAGUAACAACGUUUUUAGCUGCCAGUACACAUGAUGAUAAAAGUUUGGAUGAAGCUAUAGACAUGAGAUUCGACUGUUAAAUCAGUGGGUCUUUAAACCUACCUCUGGUAGGGAAAUAGCUACAGUUUUACAGCAGCUAUGGUUUUGUUGGUUUAACUUGCCGGAGCUCCUGCAUAUAGAUCACUUGUAUCAAGUGUUUUCAUUGCUAAGUUAUAUGUGUUAGUGUCGGGGAAAUAGUUUGCAGAUAAUGGAGGAGUAACCCUACAACUAUAUGUCCUUAGUUCUUACAGAACCUCAUAGUUUGAGAACAAAUGCU